AUGGCCCAUAAAAAAGCAUUUGAAACACUUGAUCGUACACUGAAAGAUUUGAAGGGAAAUGGACAGCCCUUUGGUGGAGCACUCAUUUUAUUGUCUGGUGAUUUUCGACAAACUUUGCCAGUUAUACCACGAUCAACCGCUGAUGAACUUAAUGCAUGUCUCAAAUCAUUAAUUUUAUGGCGACAUGUAAAUAAAUUGACUCUGGAAACCAAUAUGCGUGUUCAACUACAAAAUGAUGCAUCCGCCGAAUUUUUUGCAAAACAAUUGCUGGAUAUUGGGAAUGGGAAAAUGGUAAUCGACAGAUAUACACAAUGUAUCACAUUGCCAACAAACUUUUGUAAAAUGACAUCAACCAAAGACGAAUUGAUUCAAAAGGUUUUCCCAAACAUCGCGCAGAAUUACAAAAAUCAUCAGUGGCUCAGUGAACGUGCUAUAUUAACAGCUACGAACAACGAUGUCAAUGCCAUCAAUUUCAGUAUUCAAAACGGAAUACCAGGCGAAGCGACAACGUAUAAGUCCAUCGAUAGUGUGAUGAAUCAAGACGAAGUUGUCAAUUAUCCAACGGAAUUUUUGAAUUCACUCGAUUUACCGGGUAUGCCACCGCACCUUUUAAUAUUGAAAAUUGGCGUGCCUGUCAUUCUACUCCGAAACAUCAAUCCACCACGACUUUGCAAUGGUACAAGACUCUCGAAAUUCAAGGGGGAAGAUGUAAUGUUGUCACGUAUUUCAAUGAUCUCAACAGAUAUGCCAUUUGAAUUCAAACGUUUGCAGUUUCCGGUGCGACUCGCUUUUACAAUGACCAUCAACAAGGCACAGGGACAAUCACUGCAAGUGUGUGGCUUAGAAUUGGAGAAUCCCUGCUUCUCACAUGGACAACUAUAUGUAGCCAGCUCACGCGUUGGAAAACCUUCUGAUUUAUUCGUGCACGCACCAGACGGAAAAACAAAAAAUAUCGUGUAUCCAGAAGCACUCAAAUAA